AUGCCUCGCCAAUAUGGCGGCGGCGGCCCACGCCAUCAAACAAAAUGUCGACUGAUGCUGCUGGCCCUCGCAUCGUGGAAUGCGGGCGUCCUUGCUUUGCCUGCAGCAUCUGGUCUGGACGACCAAAAAGUCUUGAGCCCGAUUGGGACUGAGGCUGCGUCACGGAAAUUGAACGGCCGGUUCCUGCAUAUUUCAGAUUUCCAUCCCGACGAGCUUUAUCGAGUGCACACCUCCACCGAGGAGAGCGUCGCAUGCCACCGCGGCAAGGGACUGGCUGGAUCGUACGGCGCUGAAAAAACCGACUGCGACUCGCCCUUUUCGCUCGUCAAUGCGACCUUUGCCUGGAUCGAAGAGAACCUCAAGGACGACAUCGACUUUGUCAUCUGGACCGGCGACUCGGCCAGGCACGACAGCGACGAGCAGAACCCGCGCCACGAGUCUGAGAUUCUGCGGACAAACCGAAUCAUUGCCAACAAGUUUGUCGAGACUUUCUCAACACCCCAGCAUGGGCUGAGCAUCCCUGUCGUGCCCACAUUUGGCAAUAAUGACUUUCUCCCCCACAAUAUCAUGCUGCCAGGACCCAACAAGUGGUUUGCGGCUUACAGCGACAUUUGGAGGCGAUUCAUUCCCGAAGAGCAGCGCCACUCAUUUACCUUUGGCGGCUGGUUCUACGUCGAGGUCAUUCCCAAUCGCCUGGCGGUUUUUAGCUUGAAUACAAUGUACUUUUUCGAUCGAAAUGCUGGUGUUGAUGGUUGCGCCCAUCCUUCGGAGCCUGGCUACAAGCAUCUCGAGUGGCUGCGCGUGCAGUUGCAAAUCUUGAGAGAGCGAGGUGUCAAGGCCAUUCUCAUGGGCCAUGUACCGCCUGCACGGACGGAGAGCAAGCAAGCUUGGGACGAAACUUGCUGGCAAAAGUAUACGCUCUGGCUGAAACAGUAUCGUGACGUCGUUGUUGGCUCUCUAUACGGGCACAUGAAUAUCGACCAUUUCUUACUUCAGGAUGUCAAGGACUUGACCCCUGAAUUGGGCCUAGACAAGUCCUACGCCCGCGGUUCUCCAGAUGAGAGUCUAUCAAUCUCGUCCAAGGAAGAUUAUCUCCAGGAGCUGCGAGAUGUAUGGGCCGGCUUGCCCAAGACUGUCGCUCGAGAACUGGACGAAGAGACAAGCGCUGGCGAUGAUGAAGGAGCAGAGUCUGAUAAGAAGAACAGGAAAAAGAAGGGCAAAAAGCACAGUAAAAAGAAGAAGCAGCUCCGCAAGAUUGGCGGUAAAUACGCCGAGCGGUUUCAGCUUUCUUUGAUUAGCCCAAGCGUUGUGCCGAAUUAUUUCCCCACGCUUCGCAUUGUUGAGUACAAUAUUACCGGAAUCGAAGACACGCCUGUGUGGCGAGAUACAUAUGAUUCGGCCAAUCCCUCUUCAACUCUGGCUUUGCCGGAGGAAGACACACGCGACUACGACAACUUGGGAGAAAUGCUGGUCGAGAUUGUUAAGAAAAAGAAGGGCAAGGAUUCCAAAGGCCCUCGUAGGCCACCCAAGGACCACGAUCUGAUAGUUCCUCUUGACCCGCCUAAGAGCUCGCUUCCGGGACCUGCCUAUGCUCCCCAGGUGCUUACCCUGACUGGAUACACCCAGUACUAUGCCAAUCUCACCCACAUAAACGACGACAUCCCUGAUGACGAUGUUGUUGGCUUUUUGGACAUCCUCAGCAAAUGGCGCAAAGGCAAGCAUGACCACAAGGAGCCCAAGCACGGAAAACCGAACCCUCGCGACUUUGAGUACGAGGUCGAGUACAGCACGUUUACCGACAAGGCCUACAAGCUACCUGAUUUGACAGUAAAGAGCUUUCUGAGGUUGGCCUAUAAAAUGGGCCAGAAGGAUGUCAGUGGCAAAAGCGAAGCAUAUGACGCAUACGAUGAGGAAGAGGACGAGGAGUCCGGCACAGACGAAGCUGUACAUGGUGCUCUGGAGUCGACGGGGAAGAAAGAUAAAGGGAAGAACAAGAAGAACAAGAAGGAAAAGAACAAGACUUGGCUGACGUUUCUGAGUCGUGCUUUUGUUGGUACGGUUCCUAAAGAGGAGCUAGAGAAGAUGUGA